AUGUUGAAGAUAUUAUCUAUGAAAAAGAAGCAACAAGCGGAGGCUGCUGCUGCUGGGCAGACCAAGAAUAGGGUCGGAGGUGCGAAAGCACGGAUUCAACAUGAUCUGCUCCGGGUCGGGAAACAGGAGGAGGAGGAGAGCCGCACGGGUGCACGCCCCAUUAAAUUCGAGUGGAAGAACGGCGAUGAUCCGUUUCAUUUUAGUGUGGUGAUCGAACCGGACGAGGGGAUGUACAAGGGUGGCUCGUUCAAGUUCAAUUUUGACAUUCCCGAACACGACUACCCGUUUGAACCGCCCAGAGUAAAAUGCACCCAGCGGAUAUACCACCCGAAUAUCGACCCGCAAGGAAAUGUGUGUCUGAACAUACUGCGUGAUGGGUGGACAGCCGCGUUGGAUGUCCAGGCCGUUGCAUUUGGCUUACUGCACAUAUUCAUCCACACCACGUACGAAGACCCCUUAAUCCAAGAAGUCGCCGACGACCUUCGGCUGAACCGUGAGGGCUUCCGACGCAACGUUCGGACAGCCAUGCAGGGGGGGACGGUGCGGAAUACACAAUACGAUCGUGUCUUGAAGAGCUGA